AUGGUGACUGUUGCGCUCGGUCUUGGUACGGUAUUACUACGAGUUCGAGAGCACUAUUGUUGGGCUUUGGUUUUGGCCUUGCUAUGUUUUUAUGCUGUUGCAAUUGCAAGCGCAUACAAAGCCUCCGAGGAUCACUUUACCGUGGAGGUUCUCAAGAAUGGCUGGUGGGCAGUACUGGCAGCGAUGUCAAUCACGACACUUAGUGGUUUCAUACUGAAAAAUGCUAUGCACAAAUAUCCUCCUAUAGCUGCUUUUCAACCGUUGAUCAAUGGUUAG